CCAGUGUUGCUGAUCGGCUGGUCUGUCGCUCUGUUUUCUAGCUGACGCUCGUUUCAGUUUGUCAGCGGUUUAGCAUUUGAGAUUUUAAUACUGAUUACUUCGUGGCAUUGUCAUCAUGAAACACAUGUAGAAUAAUUGUUAAAUGACAGGCGCAAACCUGCACUCGUCAGUGAAAUACGAUCGACACUGUUCCUCCCCACAUUCACUAGGAAGGAGCUGCCACUCGGUAAUGGACGCCAUUAAAGGUAAAGGGGAUCAAGGGAUGCAAAAUCCAGGUGGGCAGGGCGACAGACCUGUCAGUUUCCACUUCUUGGAAAGCAUGCUUCCCAAAGCAGUGAAGAGGCGAGUACAUGCCUUGAAAAGGCUACAGGUGCAGUGUGCCAACAUAGAGGCUAAAUUCUAUGAAGAGGUCCAUGAGCUAGAGAGAAAGUAUGCUGCCCUCUAUCAGCCACUUUUUGAGAAGAGACGAGAUAUCGUUACAGGAACAGUGGAACCCACAGAUGAAGACUGUGAGUGGCACAGUGACCGAGAGGAAGAGGAGCAGCUAGCAGAAGAGGUAAAGGAAAAAGCUGCUAUUGAGGAUGCAAAGAAAGAAGAAGCUACACCAGAGGAAGAUCCAAAAGGCAUCCCUGAGUUCUGGCUCACCAUAUUCAAGACUGUGGACAUGCUCAGUGACAUGCUUCAGGAGCACGAUGAGCCCAUCCUAAAGCACCUGAAAGAUAUUCAAGUCAAGUUUUCUGAGCCAGGACAGCCAAUGAGCUUCACAUUAGAGUUCCACUUUGAGCCCAAUGGUUACUUCAACAAUGCAGUCCUGACUAAAGUCUACAAGAUGAAGUCUGAGCCUGAUGCCUCAGACCCGUUCUCAUUUGAGGGGCCAGAGAUCAUUGACUGUGAAGGUUGUCAGAUAGACUGGCAUAAGGGAAAGGAUGUGACAGUGAAAACUAUUAAGAAGAAGCAGAAGCACAAAGGCCGUGGCACUGUCCGCACUGUUACCAAACAGGUCCCCAACGAUUCUUUCUUCAACUUCUUUAACCCCGUCAAAGCUUCUCCAGAUGGAGAAAUGGACGAGGACUCUGAGUUCACCCUAGCCACAGACUUUGAGAUUGGUCAUUUCUUCCGUGAGAGAAUAGUUCCCAGAGCAGUGCUUUAUUUCACUGGAGAAGCCCUGGAAGAUGACGAGAGUUUUGAAGAGGAGGAGCUGGAAGAGGGAGAUGAAGAGGAGCAGGAUGAGGAGGGUGAUGAUGACGAUGACGAGGGAGACUUUGACCCCAAGGCAUAAUCAAUCAUUCUCACCCCAUGCAUUUCUAGAAAGAACAGCCCCAGCCUGCCGAAUGCAAACAGCAGUAACCGUGGUGAUCAGGGGAGUUGGAGACCUGCUGUCCGUCAAAUCAGUUCUUAGCCAACCAGCAAGUCCUCCUACUCUUGCAGGCUCUGCCCUUUUAUGAACUCUCAUCCGAACGCAAUAGAACGCAAACCAAACGGCGUUUUUACUAUGUGCAUGACUUCUUUUUCUUUUGUCUUGCGCCCAUCUCACCCCUUUUUUAUUUGGCUUCAUUUGAACUCAAAGCAGGAAGUGACUUGACUUCAAUUAAAAUACCAUGGCAUCACUUAGGGACAGUCUUCUUCUUUGGUAAGGUGGAGUAGGUUACUACUGCCAAGAACCUCAGAACAUCAUCAUUUGGAGGAAAAAAAGUAGGAAAAGGAAUGGUCCCCAACUUUAGUUUUCAUGGAAAUAAAUCAGUUACUCAGGGUUUUUUAAUGCCAACAAGAAAAGUGUAAGUUUACCAGGAAACUGCUGAACAAGUUUGACUUAAUCUUUCACUGGGGUUGCUGCAGAGCUUUUCUUUUGUUGUGGUGUUUUUUAAGAGACAUACAGUGUAUCAUUUUGAAUUUUAUUUACUUUUUUAAAUGUUCAUUGUCAUUUCAUUGGACUAUUUAUUCUGGUGUCAUGCAGCUAUAUGAAGUGGUGCAUUUUGGGAACUCUUAAGGCCCUGCCACGGUAAUAUGCUAAUUGGCUCAAAUUUUAUGUGGGCUUAGCAGGUCAAAAAAACAUGAAUACUGCCAAGCCAUGUUAGUUUAUCAUCAAAAUUAAUUUUAAACAUUCAAGAACUGUGUUCUGCAUUAAUACUGCUCACUUCUGCCCAGGUGUAUUGGGCUUAACAAGCAUUUAAACUGAGCACUUGAGUGGACACUAAUUCAGAUCAUGUGACAAGCAUGUGGUUAUACCUCAAAAGCUUUUAUUGCUCUUCCCUUAAAUGAGCUCUUGUUAACAAGGAUAAUAAGAACAAUUUAUGAUGAAGACAUUUGAAAAGUAGAAAGUUGUCUCUACGUAGGUUAAUGUCAGCUUGUUGGAUUCCCCCAGCACCAGCAUCACAUCCAGUCUGGUGAAAAAUUUCCCUAAAAGAUAAUUAAACAGACGAGUGGCUGCCUUUUUGUGGUUGUGUUAUAAGAUACCACUUUGGUUAUAUAUCUAGUUCUUAACAAAUGUCAUUUAAAGUCAGCGAUGGGACAGUGUGCAGGAUGUUUGGAUCAAAUGUAAAUUCUGUUGCCAACAAGCUAAAGUGAAAGACAAAACACACCGUCCUCUUAUUAAAUUGUUUGCCAAUUGUCAUUAACAAAGUGUAAUCUAAUUCAGCGUUUAAAGUUGUUAUAAGAAUAUAUAAAUAUUUCUGUUAUUGUCUAAUGAUUCAGUAGAAUGUCUUUGAGAAACAAAGAGGUUGCCAAUGUAUUUUAUAUACUGCACUUGGAUUUCGGCCGUUCGGUUGGACACCGUUGCUUGGUGGCUGGUCAGCGAUAGUGGUUACAGUGAAAAUAAUACCCACCCCUUCUCUCUUUUUAAAAAGAACGAUUGUAGAUCUUGUCGGACAGAUCUCUGAGCCACGGUUGACAUCUCCUAAUCUACCACAUUGGACCGUGUGCUAGCAAUGGCCUUAUCUGGUUCUUAUUCACAAUUUGUUACUUGCGCAAUAUUUCUUUUCAAUUUGUACAGAGUUAGUUAAAAUAUUCUAUUAAAGUUGUGCGACAUGGAAA